GUGUGUGCCAGGGCCCCCUUCAGCCUCCUCCAGCCAGGAGGCUGUCUCGUUUCGGCAUGCUUCCCAGAGCGCCCGCAGCCGCGGCUCAAGCUUGCUGCGGCGCAGGUCUCCCGUGGCCCAGACACGCCAAUCAAACUGCUGGUCGAAAGGGCCACCUCGAGUGUGCAGCGCGCGAUGGGCGCCGGCAUGUCGAUACCGCGUAGGGCAAGAGCGUGUGCUUCGGCAAGCUGUGCGGGACGAGCCGUGCUUCCUGUUGCGUUUCCCCUUCCGAUGGCCGCGCAGUGUCAGCCCUUGAAUUUCGAGAAGCAGCAGAAGUUUCACUCAGUUCCCGUGAAUGCGGGACGGAACUCUUCACAAUAUCAUUCGCAUGAUCCCAGCUCCGAAGGUGUGGAACGUGUACUUCUGGAGCCGCCUGCAAUGAUGCAGCAUCAACUCACGAAAGAAAGCAAACGACACAUCGUGCUUUUGGGUUUGACAGGUGCUGGGAAGUCCGCGACGGCGAAUGCGAUAACAUUCUCUCGAGACUUCUUCCACGUGAGUGACUCAAUGGCAAGCGUCACUUCCAAAGUUCAGUACAAGGACUUGAACAAACACAGCUACAGGGCAGUUUUUUUUUCCCCGCAUGGCUUCCUCCCGCAGAGUACCGUGUCAUUGAUACGCCCGGCUUUUUCGACACGGCCAUGACGAAUGAGCGGGUGGGUGAAGCUCUCAAAACUGAGUUCGAUGCGUUGCCUGAGCGGAAUCUUGGAAGGCAGAUUUCCGACGUCGUCGGCGGCCGGAUCGUCUCUAUUGGCCGCUCUCGCGAUCCCAAGGGCAUCUACAAGCAGGUCGAGGACAUGUUUGUUCGGAUCAACUACUGCGCUCUGGAUUGCGAGAUGAUGAAUUUUGAACGUCUCCAGCUGCAGCGACAGCAAGAGUUUGAGGAAACCACCCGUGCUUUGCGUGAAGCGCACGCAAACGAAAAAGAACAGUUACAGUACAAGCUCAGGGAGAUGGAGAUGGAGAUGCGCCAGGCCUCUCACCUGAAUGAUGGAAGGCUCGCGGAAAUCCUCAAAGGAGCUGCUCAAAUCAGCGCAGGAAAUUGUCAAUUCCUUCACGGCUUAGGGGCAGGAGCUGGUCAAUUUAUGCAGGGUCUUGCUGCGCUCAGUCUGGCAAGUGGCGCUAUGGCAAGUGGCGCCUGCAGUCUCAUGUGACCCGUUGGGAGCGUGUGCUGUGUUACGCAAGGACUUCUAGUCUUGCUGUCACCAGUGUCGAGUGAGCGAUGCCAGGAGCUGUUCGGAUGUAGCAGAUGGCCCCACUCGUUAGUUUUUCCUCGAGUAGUACUCGCAAGAGACGCCAUCGGGUGCGUGCUGCCAUGAAGUGCUCGGAUGUAGCAAAUGGCAACGCUCGCCAGCUUACAGCAGCGUAUUUGAGACAAGCGACAGGCAGCAUAGCUAUGUGUUGUAAACGAUAUCUGGGACUGCAGGGUCCAUUCCGAUUCUAUCGUUCCGAUUCGAUGCCGAGUUUGACUGGCUCGAUCCGAUUCGGUUCGGUGCUUGCAGGGCGCUGUUGUGAAUCCCAGCGCGGCCAAUCCGAUUCGUUUUCGAUUAUGUGCCCGUGUAGCUCUGUCUGGCGCAGGUGUUCUGAUCCGAUGUCGAUCGACUCUGCCGCGCUCCCAGGUUCGUCUUUUCUGCGCCCUGAGGCCUGUUCUCGUCGCUGGCCUCCCAGAGCCCUUUCCCGACCCCAGGACUUGCAGACAACGGCUCCGGAUGAAC